ACACUGUACACUGAUUUGUAAACACUGUUAAUGUCUUUGUUCUCACCCUGAAAUGACUUCUUACACUGUGUUUAACAACCGUUUUUGAAGCUGCUGUGUUGUGAUAAAUGGCACACUAAGGAUGCUAAGUCUCAGACUGUAUUAGAGUCUGGCUGGUGUAAGCAAACCUCAGUUUUAUCGUCUGGCAUGGCUUUGUGAGAGCUAUGCUCUGUGUUGGUACUCGUCUCUUCCUGCUGGGAUCACUGCCUGGUGCACACCGCUGUGAGCCAGCCUUGCCACCAUAAUGCCCGCUGACAUAGGCCCAACACACAGCCAUGCCACCGAAAUGCCCAUUGCCACAGAGCUACAGUAGCCUACUGCCAACUUAACACUCAACACAACCCUUUCUGGAGCAGGUGUCUGGCAAUGCGAGCAGAACUAAAUGAGGGAAGGGAGGCAGAUGAAAGGAAAACGGAGACUGAGAGAGGCGUUUUAAUACAGGGAAUGAAAGAGAAAUGUGAUUAAUGCCGAUUUACUGGUGAGUAAGGAUUCAUGAUAUCAUUUGUUAGCGAAACUUUCCUUUUGGUCCCCUCUGCUGCAAUUUGAUAAUGCUGUAAAAUACAGUGGGAUGUAAGGACAGCAUGACUGUUUGACAAAAAAAAAAAAACUGCAUUAAAUAAUAAAACAUGCACGAUUAUGACCACUUUAAGUCAAAUAAUUUAAGGAAAGCUCCUCUGUUCCUCUGCGCUUGCGCAGUCGUCUACUUGCACAACAGGAGCUCUACGCAGGCGUGACUACUGCAAAUUAAUUAGAUGUCAUUUGUCUUGAAAUUCCUCCAAUCUUGAGACAUUUUGUUCUGCUGCCGGUGCUUCUGUGUGUGGCAGGGUUUAUGCAAAAUAUAUUGUAUGUACGCUCAAUGAUAUCUUUUCUGUUACUGGAGCAUUUUAAGAGUAAAUGAGCUUAAUAUUGGACCAAAAAUCAGUGCAUCCCUACUGAUGAGAGAGAUCGUGUUACAGUAAAUGUUACGCAUUAAUAUGACAACACGGCCCCGUGGGUAGUGGUGGAGGCGAUGAUGUUUGCGGGAGAAAUGGUGUAUCUGUAUUCAGCUAGGUGAGAGGGAUAUUGUACGCUGCCGGAAGGUGCCGUGUUGAUUAGGUUGUUUUUCUGUGAGUUUACUGGUUGAAUUGCAGGCAGGAGAGCUCUAGUCUUUGUUACAUGUGGGAGGCAUGCUAGGCGGGGAACAACAGUUGAAAAUUGGCAGGCGGUGUCUGCCUGUAACCUGUCAUAUGAGCUCUAAGUUGGUCUUUUGUGAGAAAAUAGCAGUUGCCAGCAUGCAGAGGUAGUGAUUUAGCUGGCCGAUAAGCUCUCUGUAAUGGCAGGGUAGAAUAAUUCUCAUUGAAGUAGGUGGGUGAUUCCAGCCUCCCGCUCCAAUCCUGCUGGGACGGCUUUCACGCCUGUCGCAGAGAGCUCUCCUGUCGUCCUGGUGUGAGGAGCUGGGACGGCUGCUCUUGUUGCGGCAUCAGAAGAAUCGUCAGAGCGAUCCACAGGGCAAAGUACCCUUGCAGCCGCCCAUGAACUCCAUGAAGCCCUCGCUCUCACAUGGUGAUGGGUCCUUUCCAUAUGACAGCGUUCCCUGGCAACAAAACGCUAACCAGGCCCCGGGCUCGCUGUCGGUGGUUACGACGGUGUGGGGAGUUACCAAUACAUCACAAAGUCAGGUCUUGGGUAACCCCAUGGCCAAUACCAACAAUCCCAUGAACCCUGGAGGCAAUGCACUUGGGUCGGCUAUGUCAGGCAACAACCCAGGGAUCAACUCACCUCAGUUCCCUGGCCAACAACAACAGUUUUCAGCCAAAGGGGGAUCCAACCAGGCCUACAUGCAGCAAAGCAUGUAUGGGCGUCCAGGGCACCCGGGAGGAGGAGGCUUUGGUGGAAGUUACCCAGGUGGGCCGAAUGCUCCGGGUGGCAUAGGCAUGCCCCCUCAUACACGACCGCCCUCUGAUUUCACACAACCUGCUGCUGCCGCCGCCGCGGCUGCUGUUGCUGCUGCCGCCGCCACCGCAACAGCUACUGCCACAGCAACCGUGGCAGCCCUGCAAGAAACCAAUAAAGACAUGAACCAGUACAACCAGGUCUGCUCCUCUUUCCAGAUGGGGCCUACACAAGGUUACAAUAACCAGUUUAUGAACCAGCCAGGGCCCCGUGGGCCCCCGUCCAUGGCUGGUGGCAUGAACCCAGCUGGUAUGGGUGGUGGCAUGAAUAGCUCCAACAUGAGUGGCCCGCCGAUGGGUAUGAACCAGCCCAGAGGCCCAGGGAUGGGGCCCUUCGGUGGCCACGGCCAAAGGAUGCCUCAACAGGGUUACCCUGGACCCAGACCUCAGUCCAUGCCCAUGCAGGGCACCAAGAGGCCUUAUCCAGGAGAGCCUAAUUAUGGAGGCCAGCAGUUUGGACCCAAUGGCCAGUUUCCCAACCAGCAAGGGCAGUACCCUAACCCAAACGCUUCUAGAGCUCUUCCUUCACCCAAUUACCCUGGGCAAAGGAUGCCGGGACAACAGGGCUCUGGCCAGUACCCCCCUACUGGGGUAGCCAUGGGCCAAUACUAUAAGCAAGAGCCAUUUAAUGGACAGAACAACAAUUUCUCUGGAGGUGGUUAUGGGUAUAAUCAAGGAAAUGGGCCUCCUCGGCAGGUGGUGAACUACCCACAUUCGCCAGUUCCUGGUAACCCCACGCCACCCAUGACCCCAGGAAGUAGUAUACCUCCGUACCUGUCGCCCAAUCAGGAUGUCAAGCCCCCUUUUCCUCCAGACAUGAAGCCAAACAUGACGUCUCUGCCUCCACCUCCAACCAACCCCAACGAGGAGCUUCGUUUGACGUUCCCAGUGAGAGAUGGAGUGGUGCUGGAGCCCUUUAGAUUAGAGCACAACCUGGCCGUCAGUAACCACGUCUUCCAUCUGCGCCCCUCCGUCCACCAGACGCUCAUGUGGAGAUCUGAUCUGGAGCUGCAGUUUAAGUGCUAUCAUCAUGAGGACCGACAAAUGAACACCAAUUGGCCCGCAUCCGUCCAAGUCAGUGUCAACGCCACCCCCCUCACUAUUGAGAGAGGCGACAAUAAAACAUCCCACAAACCCCUGCACCUAAAGCAUGUGUGUCAGCCAGGGAGAAACACCAUCCAGAUUACGGUCACAGCCUGCUGUUGUUCGCACUUGUUCGUGCUGCAGCUGGUCCAUAGGCCGUCAGUGCGAUCGGUCCUGCAAGGGCUCCUGAAGAAGAGGCUCCUUCCUGCCGAACACUGCAUUACCAAAAUUAAAAGAAACUUCAGUAGCGUAGCAGCGUCCUCUGGGAAUGCCACACUAAAUGGAGAGGAUGGAGUAGAGCAGACAGCCAUCAAAGUGUCCCUCAAGUGUCCAAUCACAUUCCGACGGAUCCAGCUCCCUGCUAGGGGACAUGACUGCAAACACGUGCAGUGCUUUGACUUAGAGUCCUAUCUGCAGCUGAACUGUGAGAGAGGAACGUGGAGAUGUCCUGUAUGCAAUAAAACAGCAUUAUUGGAAGGGCUGGAGGUGGAUCAGUACAUGUGGGGAAUUCUCAAUGCAAUUCAAAAUUCGGAGUUUGAAGAGGUCACCAUCGACCCUACGUGUAGUUGGAGGCCGGUGCCCAUAAAGUCAGACAUUCAUAUAAAGGAGGACCCAGAUGGCCCUCUGGCCAAGCGUUUUAAAACCAUGAGUCCCAGUCAAAUGAUCUUGCCUAAUGUGAUGGAUAUGAUCGCCCAGCUGGGUCCCGGCCCUUCACCCUACACCCCCCUCCCCCCUCAGCACGGAGGAAACAAUGGCGAAUAUGGGGGCCAAGGUAGAGGCAAUAGUUACCAGGGCCAUGGAAACUUUGACUUCUCCCACAGUAACUCUGGUGGCGGAGCUCCCAUGAAUGACUUCAUGCACGGACCCCAGCUCUCACAUCCACCAGACGUGCCCAACAGCCUCAUGGCCCCCGACAAGCCUCUCGCCCACGGCAUGCCCGACUCGAUGCCCCAUCCCGUGAGCGCUGAUCAAUCCCAUGCUUCCAUGCAGCCAGGCAUGCACGCAUCCCCUCACCCCAACAGCCAAUCAGCUCAGCCAUUGCAUCACAGCGGCCCCCCAUCCUCCCAGCCCCCACGCCAGCCCCCGCACCCCCAGCAGCCAGGCCAAAACAGUCACCCACAUGCCGACAUGACCUUCAACCCCGCCGCUGACGGGCAGGCAGGUGGCCAGGGACCUGCAGACAUGCCCGAGCCUUCUCUGGAUCUUUUGCCAGAACUGGCAAACCCAGACGAGUUGCUGUCAUACUUAGACCCUCCUGACCUCCCAAGCAGCAGCAAUGACGAUCUGCUUUCCCUUUUUGAGAACAACUGACUUCCUUCGGUCGGCCUUUUGGAGAGGCCCUAAUUUGUUUGGCUGUCAGGAAUCGAGAGGCACCUGAAGACUGACUCUGUACUUUGCAAACAGGAAACAGCCAUCCUUUUGCCUCUUCCUCAUGUAAAUAUCUCACUCUUUUACAAGCAACCUUUUCCACACAUAUAUGGCAGCCAUGUUGGUUGGCACUAAAGUGAUAUCUUUCAAUACUAAUGGAAAUACAUGUGCAGCUAUAAUCAGUUCAUAUGAAUACGUCACACAGAACUGUGUGUGUGCUCACUAGGAAAGUACUGUAGCAUUUUUAAUUCAGAUUUUUUCCUUUUGUGAAAAGAAGACCUGAAUAGAAUAUA